GCGCGCUGAGGCCUGUGGAGCCGCGUCGGGCGGUCGCGAACAAAAAAAACGCUGCUCCUUGUCAUCGUCUUCGCGUGCGUUGUGCGCGCACCAAUCGCCAUUGUUUUGAAUUCUGACCGCGGCAUUAUGAACCCGGUUAUACUACUUUUGCUGCACAGCCAACGCGAGGUUCUGGCGUUUAGCGCAAGGCUGCAAAAACCGACGACCAGCACGAAAAAUGGCUGCUCGCGCGGCGCCUCGGCGGUGCAACGUCGCAAAAAUGGCGUCUCCUGCAGCGCCGCGGCCCACUUACCCUGCGACGCGACAACUGGCGCGUUAUACGAGUGCGCCGAGGCCGCAGCGUUUCAGGCGCAGGCCGCAGCACUCCGCCAAGAAGCCGCGGCGCUCGAAGACGCGCUGCUCGCGGAGCGCCGCGCCCUCGAGCCCACGAAGGUCGUCGUGCCAGCAGCGACGACGACGGCACCGACUUUACGUACCCGCUCGACGCUCGCGGGCCAGCUCCUUUCGACGAGCUGGGAGCUCAAGGACGACGGCGCGGCCUUUGCAUGUUUCGAGGACAACGGCGGCCACGUCGUCGCCCAAGCUGAGGGCACGUGGUCCGUCCGCGACUCGCGCCGGGGCGGCAUCGGCGUCAAAAUUCGGCUCUACGCGCGCGGCCGCGUCGACGGCCGCAUCGUGUCCACGGUCGCGACCUUCGACGCGCUCCAUCCUGACGACGCCCGCGACGCGCGAGAAUUACAACGGACGCUCGCCGACGCCGUCCGCGAUGCAGAAAAAGCAGCGGCGCGGCUGGUGCCCCUCGAGGCGCUGAACUUCGUCGAGCCGCCGCAAGCGUUCUGGCCGAAAUUAAAUACCGAGAGCCUCGCGAGCCGCUUCGUCCAGAAGCUCCGCACGACGUCCCGGCGGCGACGCGCGCGGCGGAUCCGCAAACUGUCGCUUCAGAGCAUUACCGCGGCCCGGCGCGCGUACGAUAAGAAUGCGCGAGCGGCCGCGGUGGCGGAAAGGGGCGAACCGGCCGUCGUGGGCGGCGUCGCGCUCGUGGUCGCCGCUUCUGGCAACGUUCGCGUCGACGGCCUCGCGCCGGUCCUCGCGACGACCUGGGCGCCGUCGCCGGGCGCCUUACUGCGCGGCGAGGCCUACGUCGUCGACGGGGCGCCCGCGGCGGCGAAGAAGUCGCGCCGCCGGGCCGGCGGCCGCGCGGGCGGCGUCUCUACACGACUCGCCUGAUGUCCAUACUGCCCGCCACGCACGACCUUCGAAGAAUUCCUCUCAAUCGCCGCUCCUCUGUAUAUAUACCCCUGUUGUCCAUAAGCACAUGUAUACUUA